AUGGGGUGUGAUGAAUCCAAACCCAAGAUGGACACAUCGGAGUCGAUGUUCUCCGAUAUUAAAGGAAGGAGCGAGGAAAACGGGGACAAACCACGUGGGAAAAACUACUACACCAACCCCCCAGUUAAUCUACCACAGCCUGGGGAGAACUCUGAUGCUGAGGGAGGCAGUGGCGGAGGGAAACGUGUUUUCGCGCUCUAUGACUAUGAUGCCCGAACACAAGAUGACCUCACAUUCCGCAAAGGCGACGUUCUCGAACUUAUUAAGGGCAGAACUGAAGACAAUGAGGACUGGUGCUACGCGCGACAUACAUAUCCAAAAUAUAACAAUCUCCAGAAAGAGGGUUACGUGCCACGGACCUAUGUUGCAUUGGAGGAAAGUCUAGAGUCACAUGACUGGUUUUUCGGACGGGUGACACGUAAGGAGGCAGAGAGAAACUUGUUGACGAAGGACAACCCUGUUGGAGCUUUCCUAGUACGGGAGAGCGAGAGUUGUCCGGGGAGCUAUGCGUUGUCCAUUCGAGACUAUGACCAAAACAUGGCCAAUCCGGAUUGCGCCAAACAUUACAAGCUUCGCAACAUGGAUGAAGGCGGAGUGUACAUUGUCAAAAGACGACAGUUCAAGAGUAUGAUGGAACUUGUGGACCACUAUAAAGUGCAAGCGGAUGGUAUAUGCGGGUCACUGGUAGCACCGUGUUCUCGAGCUGCUCCGGUAAUGGUCGAUUUGAGUCGGGACACUAAGGACGCGUGGGAGAUUGACAGGAACUCGCUCCAGCUGGCACAGAGGCUUGGAGCUGGUCAGUUCGGGGAGGUCUGGAAAGGAAUAUGGAACAACACAACAGAUGUCGCUAUAAAAACUCUAAAGUCAGGCACAAUGAAAAAGGAGGCCUUUCUUGCCGAGGCCCAGAUUAUGAAGCAGUGUCGCCAUGACAAACUUGUGCGUCUGUACGCCAUUUGCUCGAAGGAGGAGCCGAUUUACAUUGUGACUGAGCUCCUCAAUGACAGUCUGCUAAACUACCUGCGGGAAGGAGAAGGACGAUUCAUAGAAUUCCCCGAUAUGGUGGACUACGCAGAACAGAUUGCUGCAGGAAUGUCUUAUCUGGAAAGGAAUAAGCUUAUCCAUAGAGAUUUAGCAGCAAGAAAUGUCCUUGUUGGUGCAAAUGGUAUUUGCAAAAUUGCCGACUUUGGUCUUGCGCGGAUAAUUGAGGAUGACGAAUACAAUCCUAAACAUGGAUUUAAGUUCCCGGUCAAGUGGACGGCCCCAGAGGCGGCUAAUUACAUGCGUUUCACGAUAAAGUCAGACGUGUGGUCAUACGGCAUUCUGCUCACGGAAAUCACUACACAUGGACAAGUACCAUACCCAGGCAUGACUAACCGAGAGGUUCUACAACACAUCGCCUACGGCUACCGCAUGCCUAAACCGCUGGAAUGCUCCGACGCCAUGUACGAAAUAAUGCUCAAGUGCUGGGAUAAACGUGAGGAAAAUCGACCAACUUUUGAAUUCAUGGAGUGCUUCUUCGAUGACUAUUUUGCCAAUACAGAACUCGAAAUAUAAUAAG